AUGUCAAACGACCGUUCAACAUCUCCCAUUUCGGUUCCAACCCCAUCAUCGCGCCAGCGUCGAGCAUCUCUGGCAUCCGGAAUUUCCUUUUCGGAUUAUCUUUCAAGAUCUGGGAGCCAAGGAGCUGCCGGUGCACCACCUGGCUCCAUGGCCAAUGCAGUCGCUGGCAGUCAGCCGAAUCAGGGACGACGACUGUCGAUAACCACAUUGGGACUCUCCGGCUCUCCAACCCAAACUUCUCCCUUUGGACCUCGACACAUCCGUCAUGGGAGUAUCUCUAGUUCCGUGGGAUCCAAUUCGGCAAACCUAGAGGAAGCCGUUGUGGAAGACAACGAGAACGGGCCUCCCAACGCCACCCCUAGCUCUCCAUUCACUCGACGUCUCUCCUUUGGUGCACAGGCAUUGCGUGAUGCCCGUGGAGGAAGCAUUGGUAAUGGUAGAUAUCCCUCAUCUGCAUCUCAGGUGGCUGGAGGGCGGCGCAAUUCGUCGUUGACCAGCACACCCUCUGCCCCCAGCCCUACAAACUCAACUGUUGCAAGUACAUACAAAGCCUUUCCCCAGAACGAUAGGUCUAACGCGUCUUGGCGACAAGUAGGCGAAGGCUUCAAUUGGUCUGAGGCCUUGCGGACUCGGGCCGAGCGAGCGCCAUCUUUGGGCGUUAUGUCGCCUAAUUCACCUCAAAGUCAGCAUGCAGUCAAUAUGGGUCACCAGAAUCACCAUCAGCGGGCUGCGUCAAUUGCCUCGAUGGAACAACCAGCUCGAGAAAUGCCAAAACAGCCCAAGCAGAAUAAGCCUGAUUUCUUCCAGGAAAAGAUCCUUCGGGGUGAUUUCAUGGACUAA